CUUAUCCUCAUCAAUCAGGAAACAAGAUAUGCUAUGGUCAAAUUAAAAAGAAAUCUUGUGAAGUUGAAUUUUACAAAAUCACUCCAUUAGACCUUAAAGCCAAUGAAGAUUUAUUGGAUGUAACUCCUACUCAUAUUGUAACAGAUAAAUUUUUGUUUAAAUUUGUUUAA